CGGCUCUCCGGAGGUUCAUCCGCCGCCAUUUUGCAGCGCCGGGCCGUCGGACCGCGCGGAAGUGGCGGCCGGCGAGGCGGGAAGGGACGGGGCUCUGCCGGCUCCUCCCCCGCUGGGGCGGAGAGGCGGGGACUGAGCGGGGCCGGGCAUCGCCGCAGCCGCGCUGGUGGGGGUGGCAGGGCCGAGCGGGGCUCGGAAUGUCGGCGUUCUCGGAGGCGGCGCUGGAGCGGAAGCUGUCGGAGCUGAGCAACUCGCAGCAGAGCGUGCAGACCCUGAGCCUGUGGCUCAUCCAUCAUCGCAAGCACUCGGCGCUCAUCGUCAGCGUGUGGGAGCGGGAGCUGCGGAAAGCAAAACCAAAUAGGAAGCUGACAUUCCUGUACUUGGCCAAUGAUGUCAUACAGAACAGCAAAAGAAAAGGACCGGAGUUUACAAAAGACUUUGCUCCAGUAAUAGUGGAGGCUUUUAAACAUGUUUCAAGUGAGUCUGAUGAAAGUUGUAAAAAGCACCUUGGCCGAGUGCUCUCUAUCUGGGAAGAAAGGUCUGUUUAUGAAAAUGAUGUAUUAGAACAACUUAGGCAAGCUUUGUAUGGAGACAGAAAGGUGAAGAAGCGUACGUAUGAACAAAUAAAAAUUGAUGAAAAUAACUGUUCACCUCGAAGUUCUCCUACUGACCCUCCACAGACCAUGGAUCUCAUUAGAGCAUUGCAAGAACUAGAAAAUGCUGCUUCUGGGGAUGCAGCAGUUCAUCAGAGGAUAGCUUCUUUGCCUAUAGAGGUCCAAGAUGUGUCCCUGUUAGACAGGAUAACAGACAAGGAAUCUGGAGAGCAACUUUCCAAAAUGGUAGACGAUGCAUGUAUGUUGCUGGCGGAUUACAAUGGCAGGUUGGCAGCUGAAAUAGAUGAUAGGAAACAGCUAACUCGAAUGUUGUCAGACUUUCUACGAUGUCAAAAAGAAUUUCUUGCAGAGAAGGAACAUAAGCUGGAAGAAUACAAACGCAAGCUAGCCAGAGUGUCCCAGGUACGGAAAGAACUCAGAACGCGUAUCCAGAACCUGCCUGACCUCUCUCGACUUCCCAACGUCACGGGCAGCCACGUACACCUGCCAUUUGCAGGAGACAUCUACAGUGAUGACUGAUUGCAGGAAUGCCCUUACGUAACAUCUACUUUUCCGUGAAAUGAGGGGUAGGUCAGACUGAUUGGUACUCUUGUAGUAUUAUUUUUGUAUAUUGUUGGAGAGUGUCAGUAAAAAUACUCUAAUAAUUUAUUAAAAAAAUGAUUUAAAAAGCUGAUUUGUUUACUAUUUUAUUGGCAAGUGAACAUGAGGGUACAUUUAUAGAAAGUAGCAUCUGCAUCUAUUAUAUUAAAGAAUGGGUAACUAUCUUAUCUUUUGUACAGAUUUUGGUUGGGUGCCCUGUAAAAAAAAAAAAGAAAAAAAAGAAAAAAAACUUGCUAAGAUUUUUUCCUAUGUACCCUAUAUUUAAUGUAGAUCAAUACGUAAUCAGAGCAUACUUCUAACUUGAAAUGUUUCAGUUGCUAGUGAGGGAGUGAAACAUGGAAACCACAAGCUUAUGUUUGCAAGAUUAAUGCAAUUUAAUGCAAAGUUGAAAGUAAUCUUACUGUCCAUUAUAGUUAAACUACCCAGUCUUAAAAUAAGUCAGGUGGUUUAUUUUGAUGUAAAUGUUAGUAAUCAAUUUUCUAUUGGAAAACAUUAAUCAUGUUACACUGAGUAGAUCUUUAAAUGACUCAAAAUGUUGCAAUGUGUUAGUAUCAUUUAAAAGUCAGCAAAAGAAACUAUACAAUUGACCAUUUUAAUUAGAUUUCAAAAUUGGAACUUUUCUUUUUACAGCUUCUUAGUUUCUAAAUUGAGGAACCGUUCAAUUAUACUAUGAUCCCUUUCUGGAACACCUGUCUCGGACUAAAAAGGUUGAUUCCAGAGAGGUGACACCAUUUUACAACUUUAAUUAAAUUGGAAGGUCAUUCUGUGAACUAUCCCAAUUGUUAAAUGCCCGUUACUAAAUCUGACACUGCUAUGCACCAUUUAUACAUGCAGCAGAACUACACAGUCAAGUGGUAAGCUGUAUGGAAGCUCUAGGCCAAGCCACCCUCUUCCAGUGAGAAACCCCAGGGUCAGCAUAGGCUUCCAUUCUGCGAUCUCCACUUCUCCAGCAAAGAUUUCUAGAUCUUGAUGGUCUUUUCUCACAAGGAAGAGAGGAGAUGGUUCAGGCCAGUGUUUGAGUUGAACUAUGGAAAAUUAUUGCGGAGUGUGUUUUUUAAAACAACAAACACAACCGACCAACCUUUUGCCUGUCACAAUUGUGUCACUCAUCUAUAGGCAUUCAAGCUUGUGAAAAUUCCUUGUUUCAGUAUGAUGCACCAGCUUUUAACUUCACUUAAGAAUCCAAAGAUAUAGACAGGCAUGUAGAGGAUUGACAGGAAAUUUACGUUUUUCAGUCAUCUGGAGUUAGACACUUAGUUGAGGAAUGAUUCAAAAAAUGCCUACCCGUAUCCUUUGGCAUUUAGAUGACCUUAAAAACCUAGUCUGCAAGUGUUUUGAGUUUGAUAGAUCAUCUGAAUAUUCAUUAAUAACAUUUUGUUCAUAGAUUUCCUCAUUUGCAUCAGUUGAGUUCAGAGUUCACAGGCUUACCACUCUCUUCUACAUGAAAGCAAUCUUUAAGAAGUAAUCUCUUUUUCCUUUUCAAAAACUGCAACGAUUCAGAAUAGUCAUGGAAUUAAGUUUUUGAUGCUGGGCCAAUCCCUAGAAUGUUCUAUGUGUGGAAUAACAUUUCUUUUUAAAAUAUUUACACCUGCACAUAAAUACCCCAGUCCAAUUAACUUUUCUCAUGGAAGAUAUGAAUUAGACUUCAGUUAAAUAAGAAAAAAAGGGAGAAAAAAAAAAGAACACAAACCAACAA